AUGACGCGCCUCGCCACCCGGCCGAUGCACCUCCGCAGCGAAAGCACCCGAUCUCUCAAUUUCCUUCGAAUCUUCGAUCUCAAAAUUGAGUGGCAUGAUUGUAUACCAGCUGACGUCGAAAUGACUGUAAUCAUUAUCGUGCUAGACCGCUCAUCUAGAUCAAUUCCAUAUAUAUAUACUUACUCUUCUUCAAUACCCCAGACUCAAUUCUCCCAAGAUACAUAUCUACUCCACUUAAACAUGUCCACAACACAAUGUACCAGACUCCUCACACGGAACAUCCCCCAAGUGAGGAGGCGACGCCAAUUACAAAACCCACACGUCACUCUAGUUGGCUCACCAUCCAACCCCACCAUCGACUCCGAACGUCUCCCCUACAGGCUCUACGAGCUGUCCCUCAAAAAGAUCCGCAAAGAGGCACACGCUGCCGAACCAGACCUGCGACACGUCAUCGCUGGCAUCUCAAUGCAGAAAAGUGUUUCCACCGCUGUCCACGAUGAUCUCCUUCACCAGGUUGAUAUACUGGAGAGUAGGAGGCCUCGCCUUCCUCUCCUCCCUGGUGCUGAUGAAGCUUGGGAACAUGAGGAGGUUGUCUCGGAGAGUCCUCGUUCGCCUUGGGAUAUGGAGGCUCUUGAUCAGGCCUUGUAUGAGAUGGAACGGGCUAGUAAAAAGGGGGAGGUUGCAAGGACAGUUUGUUUUCAAUUGAUUAGUGAGAUGUGA